AUGAAGGCCGCUGUACUUCUCCCUCUCGCCGUUGGGGCCUUUGCCCAUACUCGUCGCCAAUCAUCCGGCUCCUGCCUGACCAUUGGAAACGGACAGACCUUCGGCAACGGCUACACUGCCGAAUGUGCGACCGACCGUCGUUUCGGAGACCUUUCCAACACCCCCGCCUCCUCCUUUGCGGCUUGUGCUCCCAAAUGCGACGUCCUUGCGGAGUGCAUCGGAUACUCCUUCCACGAAAGUCCUGAUGGCACUGGUGUGUGCUAUUUCAAGAACAGCAAGGAGGCCUCUUCGUCUGCAUCGGACGUUGACGUUGCUUUCAAGGCGGUCGCGGUCACCACUACUACUUCGACAACGGCUGCUACCACCACUACAACAGCCAUUGCCACUACGACCACCACCGGUACCUGUGACGCGAGCGGGGGUUCAUGCAAGAAGAACGAGGACUGCUGCUCCGGUAGCACCUGCGAUGGCUACAUUCCCGCUCUGGUAGGCGAGUCUGACAGCACCCCCGAGGUCCUCGGAAAGUGCUCUUCUCAGAUAACCAGCACCACCACCACCGAUGAGGCUACGACCACUGCCAGCGGAACCACUUCAGCUUCUUCCAGCACCGCAUCAUGUCUGACCGAGGAGAGUGAUUUCUGCGAGGACAGUAGCGAAUGCUGCCCCGGUCUGAUCUGCCAGGAUAAUGGACUUGAGCUUGGCUUCAGUCAAUGCUUCGGCAGCACUACGACGACGGAUUCCGCCACCGCUACGGGUUCAACUACGGUGACGGCUACGGCUUCUACCACAGACCCUGUCUCCGCUACAGACUCUACUAGCAGCACGGAUUCUGCUUCUGCUACCGGAUUGGAUUCUGCUUCUACUUCCGCCACUGACUCUGCUUCCUCUACGGACUCUACUUCUGCCACGAAUCUUGCUUCCGCCACUGGAACAGAUUCAGCUACGAACUCGGCGACUGCUAUGGAGUCCGCAACGAACACGGGCUCUGCUUCCUCAGCGGACUCUGCUUCCUCGACGGACUCUGCCUCCUCGACGGACUCUGCCUCCGCCACGGAUCUUGCUUCUGCCACUGGAACUGAUUCCGCUGCGAACUCGGCGACUGCUACAGACUCCGCAACGAACACAGACUCUAACGCUGGCACGGAGUCCGCAUCCGCUACGGAGUCCGCAUCCGCUACGGAGUCCGCAUCCGCUACGGACUCUGCUUCCUCGACGGACUCUGCUUCCUCGACGGAUUCUGCUUCCUCGACGGACUCUGCCUCGACGGACUCUGCUUCCUCAACGGACUCUGCUUCGUCUACCGACUCUGCCUCUUCGACGAACUCUGCUUCCGCUUUCGAUUCGGCCACCAACCCCGCCACCGAUUCCGCCUCCGCUACGGACCCUACCGCCCCUGUAUAUCCCACCGAUAAGCCAGUAUACACUUCUGGCGAGCCAAUAUACUGCCCCAUCAAGACCACAGAAUACGGGACCACCUACGUGACUCUGUGCCCUCAGACCUCCAGCAAAUACGAGAACGGCCACGCUUACCCCACGACAUACCUCGGAUACUCCACCGUUACUGUGACAAUCUACCCGACCGAGCAGCCUGCGCCAACAUACCCUGUAAAGUCCACUCCAUACAUUACCGAGUACGAGACUUUCAAGCCGGUCACCACCGCGACUGUCAUCAACAACAAGCCUAUGCCGCUUACUUACGCCGUCUACACGACUGUCACUGUUACUGUACCAGCCAAGACUGCAUAUCCGUCGAAGGUUGCAGCUGCUCCUUCCGCGCCGGCUGUUUACACCCACCCAGCAGCACCUGUUGCGACCAAACCCGCGCAGCAGAUCGGUGAUGGUCAGGUCCAAGUCCCAGCUCAACCAGCCCAGGCGAUGCCAGCUCAGCCAGCUCCAGCUUCAGCGCAGCCCGUACAGCAGAUUGGUGACGGCCAAAUCCAAAACCCCGCUGCACCAGCUGCGUCUCCAGCCGCAUCCCCCGCCUCGCCAAUCCAACAAAUCCCUGACGGCCAAAUCCAAGACCCUGCUUCCCCUGCCUCUCCCGCCACUGCUGCUGCUGGAAACGGUAACGGUACCCCCUCUUCUCUGGAGACUUAUACCGGUGCUACGAGCCAGGUACAGGUUGGAUUGGGCGCUUUCAUCGCUGCUGUGGCUGCUGUUUUGGCGUUGUAG